AUGAUUUUUGUUCUGGAAAAGUUUCCCAGAAAAAAAACAUGGCAAGCAGUAUCUGAUUCACUUUUAACAAAAGGAUAUGUUGUCACUGGACCUCAGUGUCUUAGCAAAUUUUCAGGCUUAAAGAGAACCUACAAAUCGAUCAAAGAUUAUAAUAAUAAAUUGGGAAAUGGUCCUAGAACAUGGAUGUAUUUUAAUAUUAUGGACUCUAUUAUUAGAACAAAACCAUAUAUGAAACCAAUUGCUACUGUUUCUUUCACAGGUGUUAAAAAUUAUGCAACAAAUAAUGAAACAGUUUCAAAUGUUGCUUCUGAAACAUUAAGCUGUGAACUGCCGAGAAAAAAAUUAAGACAAAUACCAACUGUGGAUAAAGUUGUUUUAGCUAUUCGACAAAAUAAAACAAUAGAUGAAGAAAACAGGGAAAGAAGACAUAGGGAAAAAAUGGAACAAAAGAAAGAGGCUCAUGAUUUAUUAUCAAGAUAA